AGAUUGCGAAAGGACAUUAAGCGAAAAUUUAGUAGCGCGCAUAGCACCACAGGACACGUCUAGCAAAGUGUUUGUAACUGUUCAGCUAUAAUUUAAUUAUAUCAAAUAGAAAAAAAUAGAAAAUUUUCUAACAAUAGCUAUAAUUAUUUAAUAAUUUAAAAAGGGCAUUUUUAAAUGGAAUCUCAAUUAUUGUUGACGUGAGAAAUGUAAUAACAAAUAAAAAAAUAAAUAAAAUAUGGCUGCCUAACAAUUUCCGUGGCAAGUGCGUGUAUACUCGUUUAUUGUGAUUACAUAAAAAAGUAAUACACUUACUUACUUACGUAUUGAUUACGCCACAAAAGAAUAUAAAUAAAUAAAUAAAUUGCAGUUAUCAGCGAAUUAAAAAAAAAAAAUAAUAAUUUCUGUCACAGAAAAUCAAACUACAGGAUAUAAGGACGUAAUACCAAAGCACAAUGGCACAAGAUACAAAAAUAUUCAAAAGCAAUCAAAUCAUUCGAACCAGUCUGCUGCUUUUUCUAAUACAACUCACUGCGCUUAGAGAUAUCGCAGGAGCCACAUCAGUGGUAGUAACUGUAGCACCUACAAUCGAAACAAAUAGUACCACAGUUACGGAAACAAAUGUUAAUGUGACUAGCACAACUCCCUACACAUCUGCUCCUCUCACAUCCACGCAAGCUACACAGGAUGUAACCGUUGAACCAACGCCCGAACCCACACCAACGCCUGUACAUGAACUUAUCGGUUCAGAUGGGCCAGAUAAGAAAGAACAAGAAGCAAUACUCAAAGCACUCGAUUGGCUUAAGGAGAAACGUGCACCCGAUUAUGGCUGGGGCAAUGAUACACAUGUAGUUAUACUAGCAAAGGAGCUAUCUGGUGCACGCGACCCCACAGAUGCCGAUGGACACUUGCAAGUUAUACAAGAACUCGAAGACACUUUAUCGGUGAAAGAAAUGGAAAUUGAAAUUCUGGCAAUGCUAGAUAGACAUCACACAUUACCCAAACCACUGAAUCCAGAAAAAUUGGCACGCUAUGUUUUAGCCCUAGGUUCACUGUGUAAGGAUCCAAAACAUUUUCAUGGUCACGAUUUAGUAGCCACGCUACAGCAUCAUGAGCCCACACAAGAAAUUGAAUUCGCACUCACAACACUUUCUGCUUGCAGCGCUGCAGCUCAUGUACGCAAACGCCAGAUUAGGCGACUAUUAGAUAUAGUCAGUAGCGUUACCGAUCAGAACGUCGAUACCAUUGCUAUGGUUAUAUUAGCGUUGCGGUGUAUUGUUACCGAUCAUCGACAUCGUCAUUUGCAACAUUUUGUGCGCCGACCUGCUCGUGAACUUGCUAGUCUACAGGAUCCACGCGGUGGUUUUGGUUCACUACGUAGCACCGCUUUAGCUAUGCAAGCGCUACAAGAUUUAGAACAUGAUCCAGCUGGCGCUUGGAAUCGUACUGCGGCUUCACGCUGGAUAUUGAGUAGACAAUGUGCAGAUGGUGGUUGGACUGAAGAACCAGUGCAGGAUGGUCAAGAUCCAGGCAUUGGUGUCGGGCUUACAGCUGAUAUUAUUUUAGCACUCGGUUGGAAGGGUUUAGGUGCUGUGCGUGCAUUACAAUGCGAUCAUGUCAUACGUGAGAACAGUGAUCCUACUUCAGAAAAUGGUGAACCAAAAUUGGCUGUACCUUAUGGAUUGACUUCAUCAGCAGAGGAAUCAGAUUUCAAAAAUGUCUCCUAUACCUACACGCUGUGGGUUGGCUCAAAUGUAACAGAAGCUUUUUCGUUAUCCUUAGUUUCCCCUAAAAAUACGAGUUUCUUCAAAGCAAUGACUCAAGCCGCAGAAAUAGAUUCUAGAUUUGCAUUUGAAGCUCGAGAAUGGCCUAAUGGACAUUAUGUACAUACAUUAGCUGGCAAAAAGGAAGAACCAAGGGGGUACAAUUACUGGUUACUAUAUCGUUUAACUGAACUUCCUGAUCCAAAUAAUGCACCUGGAAAUCAACUAAUUGCACCAGUGGGUGUUGAUGAACUCAUGGUGGAGGAUAAUGAACAUUAUCUGUACUGGUACAAGAAGCUAUAAACAUUUUAUGGCACAAAAAUAUAAAAAUUAUAGCAAAACAAUUUACCAUAAAAAUAAAUAAGCAAGACAAACAAAUUAAGAAGUUCCGCGCUAUAUAAUAAAUAAUAAUAAAAAACAAACGAUAUAAAAAAUAAAAGGUACACGUUUAUAAAAAAAUAAAAAUAAAUAAAAAAAAUUGCUUCAAACAAAAAGUGAUAAAUUGAAUGUUUAGAAAAAGGAUACGAGAGGGUAUUUUUGGGCCCUGAAAAGCAACAAACAAAAAAGUACGUCCAGCGCCGCUUUCGUUAAAGUAACGCUUUAGCAAAAGUAAUUCAACAAAAAGAAAAAUAAAAUCCAAAUAUUUAAAAAUUUAAAUAUUUGAAAUUUUAAAAUUUAAAAUUUAAAAUAUUGAUAUUUAUGUACUCUUUAAACGCUCGUAUUUUAAAUUUAACAGAAAAUUUUU